AUGAGCUCUCAGGGCUUUACUUUUCCACCACCUCCACCUCCUCCGCCUGUCCCCCAGCAACCUCCGGCAUACCCCUCUGCGCAGCAUGGUAAUGGACACUGGGCUGGACGUGGGGCAGGUGGACGUGGUCGUGGUCGAGGCCAUGCAAUCCGAGGCCGCGCUUCUCACUACUCUUCCGAUGCUGGUCGGCCUUCAUUCAAUCCCCCGAGUCACAGCUCUAACCCAGCAAAUUAUGGAUACCCACCUCACCCUAUGACUGUAGCGUCGUACAUGCCUCCCACACAAUAUUCUCAUGCGCAAUCCAACUUUCAACAUCCCCCGAAUCCUCCCUACCAACCCCAACAUUUCUCACAGCCCGCUGGAUCGGCACCCUACCAACCGCUACCUGGCUAUAAUAACACCAACCAUGCACACCCUGGUCCCUACUCUGCACAACAUACGCCAGCAUACUCCCCGGUACCAAGUACUCAGCAUGCCGCACCUCCAAAUCCUCCGGUGAUUGUAGGUUCGCUUCACUGGGGCGCUGAAGCGCCAUCAUCAUACGCGGGUCCGUCAGGACAUGGACAUGGAAAUGGACAUGGCCGUGGUGGACACCGAGGCUCCCACCAUGGGAAUCAUGGAAACCAUGGGCCGAAGCCACGGCACCUUGGCAAACGAGACCAUGCAUCUGCUUUCAAUAAACCACCGUCCAUGCCCCGAACCCCAGCUCCACCCUCAGUCCCAAGUUUUGGAAAUUCUUUGCCAUGCAAACCACCCCCUGCGGUAGAUGCCACCCGCAAGCCGAACAAGAGAAAGAGAACGCAAAACAUGCUUGGUUUAACACCUAAAACGGAAGAACACGAAUCAAGCGAGGAAGAGGAGGUAGCGGAUGAGGAAUCCAAAGUCGCAUCGGAUGCUGGGCCAUUGCAAUUUACCUACAAAGGACGCACGGCCACCCUACAGUCCUCUAAUGAUAUCGCGGCGUGGAUUGCCGAGCGAAAGAAGAGGUUCCCAACAGCAGCUCGAAUUGCGGAAAAGAAAAAGGCCGAAGAGGAGGCGAACGCCGCACGAGAAGCAGCGCGUCUGGAAAAGGAGCAGGAAAGGGCCAAAGAAAUAGAAAAACGCAAGGCUCCAGCCAACGCCGUGCGAAAGCUUAGCAACGCCCAAGGGGACCCUGCUCUGGAAGAGGCCCAAAGGGCGCAGCGCAAGGCGGACAAGAUCCGUCGCACCCUGGACCGAGAGCAGAAACGCUUUGCCAAAGCUGAAGCUGAAGCUGAAGCAGCACGGCUCAAAGUCGAGGCGCUACAAAAACAGGUGCUGGGCUUGAAACAAGAGCAGUCAAAUGGCGCAUCUGGAUCGACAGUUCUUUCAGCCUCAUUGAAUGGAGUGGACCCCGCGAUGGCUAGUACCACGGACGCGUCGAAGGACCAAGCGUCUUUAUUGACUAAUUCCCAUGAAAUUACGGUGGCGUCUAAUGGUAUGGAUGCCAUGGACCUUAUGUCCGAUGGCUCCGAUCCCAGCGACUGGACUUCCUCUAGUGGCUCCGAUACUGACUCGGACUCCGGGAGCGAUGAUUCUGCGCCAGAGGCCGUGAGCUCCCGGCGUGAGGGACCUGAAAGGGUAGCCCCACCACCUCGUGAAGGCAAGAAACAAAGCUGCCGUCACUUUGCUCGUACUGGGCAGUGCAAUCGUGGCGACAAAUGUAAAUUCUCCCACGAUACGACCAAACCAGGACCUAAGAGCAAGCCCGUUGACAAGAAGGGUCGUAAGGGACUUUACCAAGCUCUGAUUGAUCAGCAAAAGACUGAGGAGAACAAGCGAGCAAUGGAGGUGAUUACCUGGCUUGGGCAGCAUGGAUUGCUGGAAGCGACGGAAGCCCCGCAAGUGGAUACUUAG